AUAAAAAAAUGUUAUUUUUCACCUUUAAAAUAAAAAUAUAAGGUAGCAAAACAUGGGCUGGUGAAAUAGGCCAGUCUGUAACAAGAAAGUUCAUUAUUUUAAUCAUCAUUUGUUAGUACAUUCAAGCCUUUCUAGAAGUUGCUAGAACUGAAACUACAUGUCUGUUCCUCUGUUUAUUGAACAUUUUCUCAGGACAAAUCCACCUCCCUUAAGCCGUUUGGCUACAGCUUCAAUCAUGUCCCCAUGACUCCUGAAGAAGCUAUAAAGUUGUACAUGCCCAAGCUCACGCCAUUUGAGUGUGAAGAAAUCUUUGCUUACACAGAAGCCUACUUUUUGGGUCUGGAUGCCAAUAAGCGGUCAGGCAACGAUGGCUAUGAUGAUUACGAGGGCUUUUAUAUCCCCGUACCCCACGAUCAUAUUGCCUAUCGAUAUGAGGUACUGAACAUCAUUGACAAGGGUGGCUUUAGCCAGGUCAUAAAAGCGUACGACCACAAGACAUGCCAGUAUGUGGCAAUCAAGAUGGUGCGGAAUAAGAAGAUUUUUCACCAGCAGGCUAAAGAAGAAAUACGGAUCCUGGAGCAUCUUCACAAACAGGACAAAGAUGGGAGCAAUAAUGUCAUUCACAUUCUUGAGCACUUCUCAUUUCGUAACCACGUCUGUAUCACCUUUGAACUGCUCAGCAUGAGCCUCUAUGAGUUUAUGAAAAUGAAUGACUUCCAGGGAUUUAGCCUGCCCCUAGUGUGCAAGUUUGCACACUCAAUUCUCAAGUGUCUGGACCUUUUGAGCCAGAACCGGAUCAUCCACGGUGAUCUCAAUCCUCACAACAUCAUGCUCAAGCAUCUGAGUGACGGCAACAUCAAAGUUAUUGAUUUUGGUUUCAGCUGCUAUGAACACAGGAGAUUCCACAUAAACAUCCAGUCCAGCCCAUACUGUGCUCCAGAGGUCAUCCUGGGAGCAGACUAUGGAAUACCUAUUGACAUGUGGAGUUUGGGUUGCAUCUUAAUAGAAUUACUGACUGGGGACCCUCUCUUCCCUGAAGAUAGUGAAGAGGAUCUUUUGGCAUGUAUCAUUGAGCUGCUGGGUGUGCCAUCUCAGAAGCUUCUGGAUGCAUCAACAAAUGCCAAAAAUUUUGUAAGUUUUCUUCCAGAUGACUCGGUGGUAUUUAAUAGUAGCUGCUUCGACAGGGACAAAGUUAACAGGCUCCUAAGGAUCAGGAGGUGGAAAAUGGCCCUCAAGGUCUGUGAUGACCCCAUAUUCAACUUUCUAAAGCGAUGCUUGGAAUGGGACCCAUCUGUACGCAUGACCCCCAGUCAGGCACUCCGCCACCCGUGGCUGAAGAAAACCUUGCCAAAGCCCACCACUGGGGAUAAACAGGCCAUGAGGCAGAUCACAGGGAACUCCAGAAGUGUAACAUCAUAUCCCAAGUUAUACCUGUCCUCAAGUUCAACUUCCAAACCAAAGAGUGAACUGCAGCAGAAGAGAAAGGCCAGUAGGAACGACCAACAGAGAACAAUUUUAGCAAAAUUAGCCACUGCACUUGAGAACUGGAAUGCAGCAUCCUCCGUUCAAUGCAACGCCAGAGAUGAUGCUUCAUCGAAAAGGCCAAGGCUAAUGUGUGAUAAACCUCUGCUAACUUCAAAGUCAUGCAGUAUAUCCAGCAUAUCCAGAAAGGACAAGAAAAGGCAGACCUGUCAUGUGCGAUAUAUGGAGGAGGUGCACUCCUCUACUUCCACAGGAGCAUGUUACACAGUAAAACGAGAUAGUACAGAGACCUACAAUGUCAAAAUAAUCUCAUACAAGCUCCUGUUACGGAUUCUUGAUCGGUUUGUGUGCAAGGUCUACCACAUCUCACCGAUGAAGGUCAACGAAUCAAAGGAGGAUCGUUUAACCCGCAUAAGGCUUGUGAGAAGACUAUGGAUUCUAGUCGAAGACGGCAUUGCCAGGGCUCCCAGACACAAGAAGCUCUUUGAAGUGUUGGAAAAACUGUUGGAUGCCAAGCAGGGCCUAGAAGAGGUCACAGCAACAGUGGGGGACUUAGUGUAUCACAAGUAUGUGAGGGCAGGGCAGUCGAUCCCAAAGAUGUUGACCCUGCUGGGAGACACAGAUGGGUGUGAAUAUCUUUCCAAGAUGAUUACUGAAGAAUUGUUUCAGCACUUCAACACCUCUGUGACCUCUGCUCCAGAGACCAGAGCUGACAUGUCAAAAGAAAGGCAUGGAGUGAAAUGCAUCAAGUUCAGGGUUUCCUCUCCUUUGACUCAUGUAUCUAAAGGCAAGGAGACGGACCUGCAGACUCCACGUGUGCGACAUGUGAAGUGUGGUAUUAGAGUACACCCAGUGAUGACCUGCAGUGAGACAGAAGGACAAGGGAUAGAGUGCCAGAGGAGACUGGGCUUCCAAGGCAAGGUGUGGAAAGCAUUAAAAAAACACGUUAUCUGCUGUAACCUAUCAGAAGACCAAGAUGACUAG